ACCUCGCACAUAUACCGAUACGAACAGCAUCUGCGAAUCCGGACUCACACGAACGCUCGCAGAUAAGAUUAAAGCAAUGUAGCGCUCCUACCUGCUGCACGCACAUCGUGUGUACUAAAAAAGUGACCAAAAGCAGAAUGCAGGCACAAAAAGGAAUGGACCGGCUACCUGAACGUCCAGUUUAUAUGAAGGCAUCGAGCUACACGUUAGCACACAGUGGCAUCAUUACUGUGUUAUUGCACAGGCAGAGCAAAGCUUGAUAAGAUUACCCUGGUACAUCCAACACAUACACAUCCAACAUCAACGGAGCGGAUGAUGAUGGUCCAGCAUCGGAAAUUCUACAGCUGGCAAUUAGCACUGGCUGUGACCUUGUUUUGCGGAACGUUAGCCGCAGCCACCGAACAACCGCCGGUAGUGCACACCGAAAAUGGCCCAAUCGUUGGUGAGAAACGGGGAAAUUACUAUGCGUUCGAGGGUAUUCCUUACGCGAAACCUCCCACCGGUGAACGACGCUUUGCUGCGCCCGAGCUAAACGAUGAAAGGUGGAGCGAGCCACGAAACGCGACCACCAUUGGUCCGUACUGCCUGCAAUGGAGCCACACCAUCCCCGGAAAGGAUAAGCUGUUCGGUGCGGAAGACUGUCUGUACAUGAACAUUUACACUACCUCGCUGGACGGGGGUCAGCGGCAAACCGGUUUGUCGACGCUGUUUUACAUCCACGGCGGUGCGUUCAUGUUCGGCGGUGGUGGACUGUUCUCGCCCAACCAUGUGCUGCGCAAGCCCAAGAUCAUGGUCACGUUCAACUACCGUCUCGGUCCGCUCGGGUUUCUCAGCACCGAGGACGACAUUGUGCCGGGUAAUUUCGGGCUCAAGGACCAGGUAGCGGCCCUCCAGUGGGUAAGAAAAAACAUCCACCACUUUGGGGGCGACCCGGAACGGAUCACGCUGGUUGGGUUUUCGGCCGGCGGUGCUAGCGUGCACCUCCACUACCUGUCGCCAAUGUCGCGGGGACUGUUCCAGAACGGGAUUGCCCACAGCGGUACCGCCCUCAAUCCCUGGGUGAUGGCUGAGGAUUCGGCCCGCAAGGCGAAGCAAAUUGCGCGCGGUGUCGGUUGCCCAGAGGACCGGCUGUCGAGCAGCCAGGCCAUGGUGGAGUGUUUGCGCGAACGAACCGCGGAGGAUAUUGUGCGGCAGGUGCCGUUUCUGCUCGAUUACCUUUACAAUCCAUUCUCACCGCUCGGUGUGGUCGUGGAGAAGCAGAGCAAAGUGAACCGGCGACCGUUUCUGGCGGACCAUCCUGCAGUUUUGUCGCGCAAGGGAAAGCUCACCAAAGUGCCACUGGUGCUGUCCGUUACGCAGGGGGAAGGUUUGUACCCCGGGGCAGAGUUUGUAAGCAACCUGGACUAUCUUGCGGACAUUGAUGCGCGCUGGCACGAUCUGCUGCCAAGCAUUUUGGACUACAAAAGUGCGGUGCCGGAUGAUAAGAGGCGCGCCGAGCUAUCGAACGCGAUCAGCGAACACUACUUCGGGAACGAUCGUAAACUAUCGAUUGAUAAUUUCCGGGACUUUGUGUCGAUCCUUUCGAACCGUUUAUUUUUUGCCGGCGUCACAAAAACGGCAAAACUUCUUCAGCCUCACAUCCCCGUCUACUUUUACUAUUUUAACUACAAAACGGUGUACGGCAUCGGGGAGCUGAUGUCGGGCACGGAGGACGUAAACUAUGGCGUAGCGCACGGUGAAGACGUGCUGCUUAGCUUUCCUACCCGGAUGCGCGACAAUCAUCCACUGACCAAAGGCGAGCUGCGUGUGGUUGCCAGCUUCGUCGACCUUUACGACACAUUCUCACAGGGACAGGAGCCCAAGUACGGCAACUAUCUGCUUCCGGUGCAGAACAUUUCCGGCCAGCUACGGUACAUGGAGGUGAAGGAUGUAGCGUGUGACGGGUGCGCCACUGCCAAGACCGGGUACGGUGUAAGCGACGAACAGUUUUGGGACACGCUGGACUUUAACGAUGAACCGCCGAGGAAAGUGGCGCAGCGUCCGGCCCACACGGAGCUUUCCAUACCCUAUUUAGACCCCAGAUUUCUUGACCGCACACCAAUUCUAACCGCAACCACAACUCUGCGAUCAUUGAGUGUCCGGCAAACGAUCAUGUGGCGCGUGUCGUACUGUGCUGUAGUACUAACCCUACUUUCCACCCUUCUUGGGCUCGCGUUCGCUUUUGUGGACGUGAAAGUGACGAUUAAAAAUGGCCCCAUCAUAGGCCAGCACCGGGGGGCACACUACGCCUUCGAAGGCAUACCGUACGCGAAAGCACCGAUCGGAAACAGACGGUUCGCUCCCUCCGAGCUGAUCGACGAACGGUGGAAUGAGCCCCGCAACACGUCCCAGGUGGGGCCAAUCUGUCUGCAGUGGUCCCACCUCAAGCCGGGCGACGACAAACUGGACGGUGCCGAGGACUGCCUCUUUCUGAACGUGUACACGCCGAACCUUGCGCCGGACGUACCGAUGCCGGCGAUCGUCCAUCUGCACGGUGGCGCCUUUAUGUACGGUGGCGGUGGAUACUUUCAGCCGGACUUUCUACUCAAGCGGCCACUGAUACUGGUCACGGUGAACUAUCGGCUCGGACCGCUCGGUUUCCUCAGCACGGAGGAUGACGUGAUCGCGGGCAACUACGGACUAAAAGAUCAGGUGACGGCCCUGCAGUGGGUGCAGAAAAACAUCAAAUACUUUGGUGGUGAUGCGUCGCGCGUUACGCUUUCGGGCUUUUCGGCCGGUUCGGCCAGUGUCCAUUUGCACUACCUGUCUCCACUGUCUCGCGGGCUGUUCCAGCGUGCCGUCGGUCACAGCGGGUCCGCCCUCAAUCCGUGGGUUAUGGUUGAACGGGCGGCAGAAAAAGCGAAACUUAUCGCGACCGGUGCUGGCUGUCCCGUGGAUGCGAGCAGCAGCAGUAAGGAGCUGUUGCAAUGCUUGCGCCAGCUGCCGGCAGAGGUGAUAGUGCGCCAGGUGCCGAAAUUGCAAGACUUCCUGUACAAUCCCUAUUCGCCGCUGGGCGUUGUGGUGGAGCAGCGCGGCAAAUACAAUCCCGCACCUUUCCUUACGGAACAUCCGCGCGAUCUGACGAGCUCGGGAAGGGUGGCAAAGGUUCCGCUGCUGCUUUCGGUCACCGAGGCGGAGGGUCUGUAUCCGGCGGCGGAGUUUUUAAGCAACGCAAGCUACCUACGCCACAUCAACGAUCACUGGAACGAGGUGCUGCCAAGCAUCCUGGACUACAAGUACGCGGUCCGUGACGGGCAACUCCGGGACGCACUGUCUCAGGUGAUCAGGGAACGCUAUCUUGGUGCGAACGAGCUGAACGAACGAGUGUUUCCUCAAUUUGUGAGACUCGUGUCAAAUCGGCUGUUCUUCGCUGGCGUCACGGAAAUGGCAAAAAUGAUGCAACCACACGUUCCCGUCUAUUUCUACCUCGACCAAUACAAAGCAACGUACGGUCUGUCGGAAGCGCUUGCAGGAUCGGACCAGUAUGUAGGGGUGCCGCAUGGCGAGGACAUUUUGCUAAUCUUCCCCAGCAGCCUGCGCGACGGCCAUCCCUAUACGGCGCAAGAGCUCAGCAUGGCCUCUAAGUUUGUCGAUCUGUACGAAUCGUUUGCUUACGGACAGCAGCCGCGAUUCGGCAAACUGUUGCUACCGGCACAGGAAGACCCGACCCGGCUAAGCUAUCUGCAGGUGGACCAUCCUAACAGCAGCAUCGUUACGGCCGACUUCAUAAGCGACGAACCGUUCUGGGGCAUUCUGGAUUUUAAUGACCGCACCACUAUGCAUUGAAUCCCCUCUCAUGGUCACAAUGGCUAAAACAUAAUAAACAGAGAACAAGUUGCUUACCCCAUCUUGCAGCAGAA